GAACUACAACAAACGUACAUCGAACCCGGUGUUGUGAGCAUGGCUAUAUUUCGUAAUGCGCUCAGCCGAAGUCUUCCUGAACUUGAUAAUGGACCCCAAGGUCAACCAAUUCUGGUCCAGAAAAAAGAACCGGAUGAAAACUGGACAGACCACGACACAAAAGGUUCUCCUACAACAAAAGUGUACAAAAGACGUUGGGUGAUUGUAAGCCUGUUUUGCCUCUAUUCCAUGAGUAACGCUUAUCAGUGGAUCCAUUUAAACAUCAUUGCGAACAUCAUCACAAAGUAUUACAAUGCCAGUCUUCCGGAAGACAGAUUCCAAAGGGAGACAACCGUGGACUGGUUAUCUAUGAUUUACAUGCUAGCCUACAUUCCACUUAUAUUCCCCUCUACUUUCUUACUCAAUAAGAAAGGACUUCGAGUUUGCGCCAUUGCUGGGGCUUUUCUGAACGCUCUUGGGGCGUGGUUGAAGGUUGCUUGCAUUUCCCCUGAUCGUUUUCCAGUGCUUAUGUUUGCUCAGACUAUUUGCGCUAUUGCGCAAAUCUUUAUUCUUGGACUUCCUGCCAAAAUUGCAGCUGUUUGGUUUGGCCCCAACGAAGUUUCAACAGCUACCUCUCUUGGAGUAUUCGGAAAUCAGGUAGGCGUUGCGAUUGGAUUUUUAGUCCCACCUAUUUUAGUCCCGAACAGCGAACCACUGGAGGAAAUCGGUGACGAUCUCAGCAUUAUGUUUUAUGGAGGAGCUGGUUACAUGACUCUGCUACUUAUCUUAGUUAUAAUAAUUUUUAAGGAGAGACCUCAUCAUCCCCCGAGCAAGGCCCAAAUGAUGGCUCUACAGAAUGUCCACGAAGAGCAUUACGGGAAAUCACUCCUCAACCUUUUCAAGAAUAUUGGUUUUGACAUCCUCACAAUAACGUAUGGUGUAAAUACGGGAUGCUAUUAUGCAAUUUCCACGUUGCUGAAUCCAAUCAUCUUAGAUUACUUUCCGGGUCAUGAAGAGAGUGCUGGACAGAUUGGUCUGACCAUUGUAAUAGCCGGAGUAGGAGGGUCAAUUGUAGCCGGAAUCUGGCUCGACAAAACCAGGACAUACAAGGGUACCACGUUUGGUAUAUAUUUCCUGUCCAUGGCUGGAAUGGUAGCCUUCACCUUUACCCUUGAUGUUGACCUUUUAUGGGUUGUCUUUUUAUGCGCAGGGGCAUUAGGCUUCUUUAUGACCGGGUACCUUCCCGUUGGUUUUGAAUUUGCCGCCGAAAUCACCUACCCGGAAUCGGAAGGAACGUCUUCCGGUUUACUGAAUGCUUCUGCGCAGUUCUUUGGGAUCAUUCUUACCAUAGGUUGUAGAGCAAUGAUUAACAAAGUGGGGACAUUCGGUUCAAAUCUCUUAAUAUCAGGGACACUUUUGCUGGGAACCAUAUGCACGGGAUUCAUUGCAGCUGAUUACAGACGACAGGAAGCAGGGAAAGAGAUACUGGAGCAAAUGGAUAAUGUUUUGGAGAUAGAAAUAUCGGAGAAAGACUCCGAGAAAUACCGAAUGGCGGAACCCAAUAACUGUGACAACCAGUUGUGACAUCAUCUAUAUGUGUGUUCUGUGUAUCAUCAUUUUCACUGGUGGUCUAGACUGCUGUAUGUCUAAUCAAAAGAGAAAAAAGCGUCAUGAUCUCGAGUUAUCAAGUCCUCCAAUAUUAAUUUGUCUUAAUAUGUAUCUGAACGCAAAAAGGUGCUAGUAGUAUUGAAUGGCAGUAUUGGAUUUAACCUAUGACAGUAUAACAAACAAUUUUUUCAAGUUUUUCAAAAGUAGGUCAAACUCCAAGGUCAAAUUUUCUGGUACCCAAAGGAAGGUCUCGUCACAAGGAAUAUAGCUGUGAAAUCUGAAA